GCGAGAGGAUGGCAAACAUGUAGUGGAACAACUGACCGUGAUCAUUGCAAGCAGCGCAGCGUGAGAGGACGUUGUGAACGUUUACAGGGUGCGAAUAGCUGAUGGGAGAAACCCGAUGAAUCAAUGAACUUUGAUCAACACCAUGACGGCGUGUGGCUGUCAAGUUCCAGACAGUGGGUGCGCGCUGGAUCCAGAAGCAACGACAGGAUGAACUGAGACAUUACGCGCGAGAGGUUGCCACGGGCAAGCGUUAGAUUUGACCUCUGUGGAAAUCAUUUCUGAGACAAACAACUUGGUGAGGAUGUAUCAAUGAAGAAUGUGACCGCGCCUGACUCUCUCCACACGGGGUGGAUGAAGCCCUCGGCGGUGUCAUGCGUCUUGCCCCGCAGCCAAACGCGCAACCCUUGCGGCUCAUAGUUCUGCUCCUCCUCACCGCGGGGGUGAACGCAUCCCCGGUGAUCUCUUCAGGCUGCCCGGACAGGUGCGUCUGUGAUGACCAGCUGGUGGUUCAAUGCGCUGGGCAGCACCUGACCACCUUCCCGGUCAACUUGCCGCUGGCCACGCGGCAGCUCAUCAUCUCCAACAACCGUAUAGUGGAGCUGCCGCCGCUCGCGCUCAACUACCUCUCCGAUCUGGUGUACCUGGACUGCAGCAACAAUUCCCUCACUGAGAUAUCUGAGUCCACGUUUGGGAAUCUACGGAAGCUGGCCUACCUGGACCUCUCCUUCAACACCUUGAUCCGGAUCGAGGACCGGACGUUCGGCCCCUUGGCGAGCCUGGUGAUGCUGAGGAUGACCGACAACCCGGGGCUCUCGGAGAUUCACCAGGACGCCUUUUUGGAGAACGCGGCCCUGCAGGUGCUGGAUGUGAGUCGGAACAACCUGACGGUCCUCAACAUCACCUCCCUGAUCGCGCUGCCUGCGCUGCGCUCGGUGGGGCUCAGCGGGAACCCGUGGAGCUGUGAGUGCGACAACGAGGACCUGUGCCUGUGGGUCCACCUGGAGGGCUUCAAGUUCCAAGAUGAGGGCCAGACGGUGUGUGGCUCACCUGCUGACAUGCAGGGCCGUCGCAUGGGUGAGGUGGGCAUCCAGCUACGGACGUUGUGUCACCAGACUCUGGGCUCCUGGGACUACCUUUUCUUUGUCCUCAUCGGCUUUGUCAUCUUCGCCGCUGGCACCGUGUCGGCCUGGGUGAUGGGCAUCAUUAUGGUGCUCUAUGAGCGCUACAUCAAGAAGAAAGACGAACAGCUGGAUCCGGAUGACGAGGAGGAGUCCGGUGAGACGGGUCACACGUCGCAUGCCAGGAGUGACCAUGGCAACGGGAAUUUGAAAACGUCACAUACUGUUUAAAAUGUUUAAUCCCACUCUGCCCAUUGUGGAUUCCUACAGUGCCUCCUGUCAACUUCCAGGACUGUCUGUGAAGUCUAAUUACACUCCAGUCAAAGUGAGUCUGUUCAACAGGCUCGGCUCUGAAAGAGAAAAGAGAGGAUUCAACAGAAAUGUGGGAUGCCAUUCUUCUCAUUUGUAGUGGGCUUUCAGGUGAUGUAACACACACUCUGGCUGCCAUUGUGGAGGUCCCUAAUCAUUGAGUAUUACUGACCAUGUAUGCAAACACAUACACAUAGCUAUUUCCUUUAUUACCAGGCUUUAUCUUAAGCUAAGCAGCUGCAGCCUAUGGCUUUAUAUUUGAUAGGGCGAGUGGUAUCAAUCUCCUCAUCUUAAUCUUGGUAAUACAGCUUACAAGAGUAUUCCCAAAAUGUCCAACAAAGGAGCAGCAGUAUUAAUCAAAGUCCAGCUCAGACCAUCAUGAUUUCCGACCCAAUCGUCAGAAAAAAUGUUGACAUUGUAUGUUUUUGCAAACCACAGUUAUGUUGCAUUUGCACAUUAUUUCUAGUGGAUAUGUUAAAAAUGUAUGUUUCCACAACCCUGUGCUUAGGUUUUGGUAUAAAAAAACACUAGUUAUGUUUUGGAAAAGAUCAUGUUUUAGCUUGGCUUGCAACGCAUCGUUGUCACAGUAAAAAACAACCGCGCUUUGUGGCACUAUCCCAGCAAAGAAAGCAGCGAUGUCUGUAAAAAAGACAACUGCUUUUCCUUGCCAUAUUCAGACAGGAAACACAGUGUUGUGUGUCAACAAAAGUCUGCUUUUUGUGACUUUAUCCCAGCAGGAACCACAGUGAUGCAUUGCUAAAAAAUACCCACAUUUGGUGACAAAAAAGCAGCUACAAUGACAAUAAUGACUCAUUUUUGUUGUUUGUUGGUCUCGUCAGCUCAUGCACUACGUCACUUUAGACAUGUUGAUAUGCUUCAUUUGAACUGUACAAAUGUAACAUAUUUAUGGUUUGCAGAAACAUACAAUGCCAACAUUUUCUUCUGAUGACUGGGCUGCCUAUUUCCAGUCUUGAUGCUAAGAUAAGCUAAGCUAAGCUAACUGGCUGCAGACUGUAGCUUUAUAAUUAACAGACAAAUAUGAGAGUGGUAUCAAUCUUCUCAUCUAGCUCUGGCAAUACCACAUAUGAAGAGUAUUUCCCAAAAUGUCCAACUAUUCCUUUGACAACCAUCUGGGUCCAGCUGUAACCAACAAAGGAGCAGCAGUACUCAUCAAAGUCGAGCUCAGACGUUCAUAAUUUUAACUACUGGGAACAAACAUGUCAUAUUAUACAUUAUGUAUAUACACGUUAAAUAUAUACACAUGCUACUAUUUACAAUAAGAGUCCCUCUCUAAUCGAAUAAUAUUGUUUGUGCUCAGUAUAUUUACCAGUGGACCUCCAUAAUGGCAACAAGCAUAGCAAGAAGAUUGUGACUCAGCUUCACAGCCUCUACGGGAAAUUUAAACUGGUGUGGUCAUUCUACUCAUAGGUAUAAAACGAGAGGAUUAAAUGCACUCAUAGAAUGCAUUUAUGUCAGUGUAGAUGAAUAAAUGUACGCACUAGUGUGUGUACCAUGCAGCUGCAGGUUGCAUUCAGCUUUUGCAGAUGUGAGCGUGUCCAUCUUUGGUCCAGUGGUGUGUGGUUCUGUGCUGAUAGUUCACCUCCCCUCAUCUAUUAGCCCAGAAACAAACUGCAGUUGAGGCAUUUUGUGUUGAAGAUCUGUUUGUGAAGUUGAAAGUUGGCGUGUGCCAACUGCUGAGGACUGUUUGGCAGCGGGCCCUGCUGGAUGGCAAGUAAACACGAGAGUGUGAUAAUUGAUUUCUACUUCAUCCUCUCUUUGUUGGGUAACUGGUUUGAGUGCAGUGUCCUAUCUGUUUCUGCAUGCACUGUUGAUGCACCAAAAAGCCUUAUGAGGUGUGUACAAGCUAAUACUAUUCAUUAAAGGAAGGAAACAGGAUUUACAUACAGUGUAAUCAUUUUAGACUCGUUCUUUAAAAACAUCUGUGCUCCUAAUUUCUCAGUCUUUUAUUUACAUGAGAAAUUAUGUGGUCUAUUGCCAGGUUUGUGUACUUAAAUAACAUAUAAAUUUCUAUUCAGUUAAGUCAAGUCUAGCUCUAUCCUGAUACAGGAUCAUGGGGGGGGGGGCUGGAGCCAAUGCCUGCUGACACUGAGCGAGAGGCAGGGUACACCCCGGACAGGCCGCCAGACUAUCACAGGGCUGACACAUAGAGACGGACAACCAUUCGCACUCACAUUCACACCUAUGGGCAAUUUUUGAGUCCCCAAUUGACCUAACGUGCCUGUCUUUGGACUGUGGGAGGAUGCUGGAGGACCUGGAGAAAACCCACACUGUCCCCCUCUUGCAGUAAUUAACAUUACUUGACUCAUUUGGAUGGAUUUUGUUUGUUAUUAGAAUACAUAAACCUGACAACAGACCAAAUAAUUUCUUAAAAAAACCUGGUGUUUAACGAAUCUAUAUUUUUACAGCAAUAAGACAGCUGAUGCCAUCAGGUAAAACAGGAAACAAUCAUUUCUGCCCUCAGUGGUAAAUAUGAACACCUGCUUUGUUUCAGCUUUUGUCUCCAGUUUCAAAAACUUAGCACAGAAUGACCACUUCCAUAUUUUUGCUUAUCUGGCUGUACCACUUCAUGGACCCUGACAAUGACUGUUAUGAAUUUAGGAUGGAGCUUGCUGGACUCGGGAAAUAGCUGCUGUGAUAUGGCGUGCUCGGUAUGUGUGCUGUAAAUGUAAAAUCUGUUGUGUCUCAGAAUUAUUUUCCUGAUCUAAGAACAAAAUUGACCUUUUGAGGGACCUGGGAGGAGGGGCAUCCUUUCAUGAUGUUUGGACCAGCUGUUUUUCCCCCUCAUUUUAUGCUGUGCAGAUUUUACUUUAUAAAAGUUUUAUUAUGAAAGUGUUUGGGUUCAAAUCUUUGGAUGUAUGAAAGUUACUGAAUAAUGGUGAUAUAUUGCAGCUGCGCCAUUAAGGCAAGAGGGCAUUCUGAUAACACAGUGAGAAAAGCACAAACAACUUAUCAUCAUUAAUAAAAUGAAUGAUGGCUGAGUUCCAUUUAGCUGCUUCAGUUUCAGGGUUUGGGUAUCUUGCAUGCAGCUACACUAUCAUGGCUUACUGGGACACAUGAAUAAAACUGAGCUAAUAUUGUUACUACAAAUUGUGCUUUUUCCACAAUGACAAGUUAUCUUGGCAUUAUUCAACUUUUACUUGUUAUAAAAUGUGGUGAAGACAGAGUGGUUAAUCUGCGCUCUGUCUCCACACAAUCUGUCGUCUUUCUGUAAUGUGACCUGAAGUACGACUGAGAAACAUUUCUUCACACAUCUACUGGCACUCCCAUGUGCAUAUUGUUGGGAGCUGGCCAAAAUGAACUACAAAUACAAAGUUACUGGUUUAACUAACAGUAUAAUAGAAGUGCACUCUACAGUAUAAACAUGCUGGUUAUGGAUGGGAGUCAAAUGCUAAGUAAUUUUUUUAUCAUGGCAUGAUAAGCACAGAUGUAAUUAAAAGGGAAACUUCAUGUUUUUCAAUAUGGACCCCAUUUUGCCAUGUUUUAUGUGUCUAACUGACGAAAGUGAACAACAGUUUAUGAAAAUGCAUUGUAAUCCCUAUGGGCAAUUGUGCAUCAGCAGUAUAUUGUUAUUAGAAGUGUCUGACAAGAUUAUGGACCUGUCUGAGAAAUGGAAUGAUUUUCCAUACCUCUGUUUGUUAUUGCAACCAAGUCGCACUCAAUGAGACGUCUUUAGACUUGUUGCAUGAAAAACAACGGUGGAAGCGUUCGUGAGAGUUGGAGAGAGUUAAUUGUGUUGGGGUACAGAAAGCUUAACUUAGUGUUAGAAGAUUUUCAGCAUCAUGACUGAAUAUUUAAAUAUUCAAUAUUUAACUAACAAUGUGGAAAAGUCUGGGACGUGGCUGGACAACAACAUAAGUUGAGGGGGUGAAAAGCCCUAGUAGGGCGGGCAGGACUUUCACCCGGGAGGCAGGUGUUCGCUAUGAAUGUAAAGCCAAACCCUGUUAUUUUUAUCUAAACCUAACCAUGUGCGUGUGUUGGCUAAACGUAACCACGUUUGUUGUUGAGGGAAAACAACGUCAUUUCACAGUGUUGUAUUGACAUUGUGUGUUUAUUUUGAAAGAGACUGUAUUCAAGCUUUACAUUUCCUGUGAACAUGGAAGUGCAUUUUA